UCCUCUGCUCUGUAAAGACAAAACCCGUGGAUCUAUCUCAUCCCACCAUUUCUUUCUCUCUCUUCUUCCCCUCCAGAUUAGAUUCCUCUCUCUCUCUCUCUCUGAGCAAACCAUGCCUUCCUUAUCUCUCCUCAGAUCUACACCAAACUACCUCUUCACCUUCCUGAUCUGAUCCUCACUUCAGUCCUCGUUCUCUUUUAAUUUCUUCCAUACCCACACACCCAACUCUCUCUUUUAAUUUUUUCACGGAAAUGGCUGCAUCUGCUCGUCCAGAUCCCACUUCCAGAAUCCACCCAGAACCAGAAUCCUUACACAUCGACCUCUUCGACCGUCUCCCGGACCCUCUCCUCCUCCUCGUCUUUAACAAGAUCGGAGAUGUCAAAGCUCUCGGUCGCUGCUGCGUCGUCUCUCGUAGAUUCCACUCCCUUGUUCCUCAAGUCGAGAACGUUCUAGUCCGUGUCGACUGUGUUAUCUCCGACGACGAUUCUUCUCCGUCUUCCUCUUCGUCUUCCUCCUCCGACAAGUCUCGUUCAGCUGCUUCCUUCGCCAACAUCUUUCGUUUCGUCUUCGGUGGGAUUGUCAAGCCUCUUCAAGCUCUCGGUCAGUUCCUUGGUCCCAAAAGAUCCUCUCUCAUCAGCCCAUCUGGAUCCUGCGCUUCCUUGGCUUCUUCCUCUUCCUCCUCUUCUUCUCUCUCCGUUGGAAGCGACGACGAUGGAGAAAUCGACCAAGGGGGCGUCACGCACCACUCGCCAACUCAAGUUCUUAAAAAUUUCAACGAGAUUCGCUUCCUCCGAAUCGAGCUCCCAAGUGGAGAAUUGGGUAUAGACGACGGCGUUUUGUUGAAAUGGAGAGCUGAUUUUGGUUCUACUCUCGACAACUGUGUUAUUCUCGGCGCCGCCUCGGUUAUUUCCAACAGUCAGCAAGUCAAGGGUUCUCGCUCUUGGGAGAAUGGAGCUGAUGGGUUUUGCUCUGUUAGUGACGAUAAUGGCAGCAUUCCUGAGUCGUUUUACACUAAUGGAGGAUUGAAAUUAAGGGUUGUUUGGACGAUUAGUUCGUUGAUAGCAGCGUCGGCAAGGCAUUACUUACUUCAGCCGAUAAUUGCAGAGCAUAAGACUCUUGAUAGUCUGGUUCUGACCGAUGCAGAUGGGCAAGGAGUGUUGUGUAUGAACAGAGAUCAGCUUGAGGAGUUGAGAGUGAAGCCAUUAUCGGCUUCUUCUGCUUCUAAGAGGACGCUUGUUCCAGCGUUGAACAUGAGGUUAUGGUAUGCGCCUUAUUUGGAAUUACCUGAUGGGACUGUGUUGAAGGGGGCAACUCUUGUGGCGAUUAGGCCUAGUGAGCAGUCUGCGUCGAAGAAAGAGGUUUCUGAUGGGUCUUGGGUUUCCACCGCGUUUGAGGAGCCGUAUGGGACUGCAGCGAAGAUGCUAGUCAAGAGGAGGACUUACUGUUUGGAAAUGAACUCCUUUUAACGAGAUCUGAGAUAUUGUUGCAUCUCUUCCUCGGCUACCCGUACACAUUAUAAACGAUGCAAGUUGAAACGGGUUUUCAGGAGUCAGAUAUAUAUCAAAUGGAGAAGGGGAAUAUGAAUGUUUUGCUUUUGGAAACCAGAGAAUCAGAAACAAUUUUGUUCAAUGCGAAGCCUACAGUAGUGCAGUCUUCUGUGAAGCUGAAUAUUGAUAUGAGCUACUGCAUAAAUCGUCCAUCACGGGUCUAUAGCUUGGUCCAUCACGGGUCUAUAGCUUGAUUUUAACCCUUUUGUGAUUAAACAUCUGAAAUGCAUUUGCUGGCUGUUUUUAUUUGAAGCAUAUGCUUGUAAGAGUGCACGCCUGCAACUACUUGAUGUUGUAAGAGCUUCUGAAAUUUGUAGCUGUUUUCUUUCAUCCAUAAUCUCUGUAUAUGUGAAUAUUGUAGGUAUGGACAUGUUAUGCUUAUGUUAUAUACUUCUCAAGUUACAUCGAGCAAUAUACUCUUAAUUGAGCUCUGAA